GCACCCCCCUCCUAAAGACGCAGGGAUACUGAGAGAGGAGAGAGCUGGGUGUUGAGGAAGAGGGCAGUAGGCAAGAGAGAGUUAGAGAGAGUGAGAGUGGAGUCGUUUUGCUGUGGCUCCUCAGUAAACCCAAGUUAGAGACAGACAGGGCAUUGUAUUGACAGCAGCAUGAUCCUUAUCACAUUUGGACUCUAUCUUCCACUAUUGUUUUGUUAUGUCUUGUCUCAGUCCUCUUUCCUGGACAAUAUUCUCUCAUUCCCAGCAGCUCUCCAACAACAACCUGCCCUGGACCAGCAGAGGACAUUCAACCCCUGCUGUUUACUGAGUCCACCCCCGCCCCCCCUGUUCCCCCCUCCUCCCUCACUGUGGCACCGCAGUGGUCAUAAUGAGGAGUCCAGUAAGGGGGGUAAUCACAGAGAAGAUCCAGAUACAGGGACGGAGCUGAAAGGUCCCAGCUGUGUCCCAGGCCCCCCUGGCCCCAACGGACCCCCCGGUCCUCAGGGUCCAGCUGGGCUACCAGGUCUGAAGGGACCAAAAGGUGAAAAGGGAGAACUGGGACGACCUGGACAAAAGGGUCGGACUGGGCCUCCAGGUCUCCCGGGGCGCCAGGGACCAGCCGGGUGGCCAGGACCAAAUGGGCCCAAGGGGGAGAAGGGAGAUGGUGGAUUGAUGGGAAUACCUGGAGCAAGAGGACCUCUUGGACCUAAGGGUUUACCUGGAUACAAAGGAGAAAAGGGUUCCCGUGGUGACCGCAGUGAGAGCGGGAUGAAGGGAGACAAGGGCACAAUGGGCUUUCCUGGAAUGCUUGGACAGAAAGGUGAAAUGGGUCCAAAGGGAGAACCUGGAAUCUCAGGCAAUAGAGGACCGACGGGCAGACCAGGGAAGAGGGGCAAACAGGGAGGGAAGGGUGACAAUGGGAUUAUCGGCCCUCUAGGUCCAGCAGGUCCUCAGGGGCCCCCAGGCCACCCUGGUCCCCCAGGUCUCCCAGCCUCAGGACUCUACGUGAUUGGAACGAAAGGUGAGAGGGGGCUACCAGGUCUUCCUGGACCUUGCAGCUGUAACUCCAUUAGUGUCAAGAGUCCACAGUUUGAUGAACAUAGUUCCAGGAGCGACUACACUAAAGUGCCAGCGAUAUUUGUGGUAAACAAUCAAGAAGAACUAGAUCGUCUUCAUACGGACAAUGCCCUAGCCUUCCGGAAAGAUCAGAGAUCGCUUUACUUCAAAGACACCAACGGAUGGCUGCCCAUUCAGACUUCUUUCUUCCAGCUGACGCCGUUCCAGUCUACGGAGAAUGCUCCGGAACAGGAGGGUUACUGUGGCGACAGGAUCGUUCAGAUUCCCAACGGGGAGGAAUGUGACGACGGGAAUAGGAUUGUCACCGACGGCUGCGUCAAGUGUAAACAUGCUUACUGUGGAGAUGGUUAUCGCUACGACGGUGCUGAGGAAUGUGAUGGAAAGGACUUUGGCUAUCAGACAUGCAACUCAUAUCUCCCAGGGUCUUAUGGUCAUCUCAGAUGCACUCCUUACUGUGUCAUUGACUCUACAAACUGCAAGUAUUUCACAUGAGGAGCAACCUGGACACAGCAGUGGGAUCCUUCUUGUCUUGUUUGCUUUGGUACUAACCAGGAUGACGGUAAUGCAAAAAAAAGAUCAACAACAACACUGCAAACAAGAGACUCAAAAAGGAAGUGUUGACAAACUGGACUAAACCUGACAAAAUAACUAAAACUACACCCACUAACUCUGUUGUAUCGCUGCUGAAGCCAUGUAGCUACCGAGGAGGGGGGCGGGGCCAGUAAAACGCUCCCUCAUCCAUUAGCACUGGACAAUUUCACUUUGUCUUAAAUAAAACUCAACCCAAGACUGAAGAGGUUCUGCCCACCUGAUAGGACCAGCCGCUGAACGAGAGGCGGUCAAGUGAGAGACAGCCAGAAAGUGAGAGACAGCCAAUGGGAAAGCUCUGAGUAAGUGAGAGACUCGUGGGUGGAGCCGGAAGCCAUAUUUACCUCGACGUAGCACUGUUAAAGAGAACCAGGUCUGAACAAUCAGAAGCAGGGUGCUGUGUAUUUUACUGCAACGUCAAUGACGUCAUGUACUGUAACAUUUGCAUGAGGCUGAGAUUGCUGUGAGACCAUGGCUACAGAUGUCACUACCUAGGCAUUUAACCAAUCACAAUACUUACUAUCGUUGUCAUGAGCUUCGUACUGUGUAUAUAUAGUAGGUAUACGUCUCCAAUUGUACGUAGGGAGUAUAUUGUAUGUCAUCAUUUUACUAAUCAGGACAGGAGGGGCAUGUUAUAAUGAUACAGUAUUCAGGAGGAUUCUGAGAGCCUUGGUCAGUCUGUACUAAAGAGGCAGAUCUUAACCCUUGGUCAGUCUGUACUGAAGAGGCAGAUCUUAACCCUUGGUCAGUCUGUACUGAAGAGGCAGAUCUUAAGCCUUGGUCAGUCUGUUCUGAAGAGGCAGAUCUUAAGUCUUGGUCAGUCUGUACUGAAGAGGAAGAUCUAAAGCCUUGGUCAGUCUGUACUGAAGAGGCAGAUCUUAACCCUUGAUCAGUCUGUACUGAAGAGGCAGAUCUUAAGUCUUGGUCAGUCUGUACUGAAGAGGCAGAUCUAAAGCCUUGGUCAGUCUGUACUGAAGUGGCAGAUCUUAACCCUUGGUCAGUCUGUACUGAAGAGGCAGAUCUUAACCCUUGGUCAGUCUGUACUGAAGAGGCAGAUCUAAAGCCUUGGUCAGUCUGUACUGAAGAGGCAGAUCUUAAGCCUUGGUCAGUCUGUACUGAAGAGGCAGAUCUAAAGCCUUGGUCAGUCUGUACUGAAGAGGCAGAUCUUAAGCCUUGGUCAGUCUGUACUGAAGAGGCAGAUCUUAACCCUUGGUCAGUCUGUACUGAAGAGGCAGAUCUAAAGCCUUGGUCAGUCUGUACUGAAGAGGCAGAUCUAAAGCCUUGGUCAGUCUGUACUGAAGAGGCAGAUCUUAAGCCUUGGUCAGUCUGUUCUGAAGAGGCAGAUCUAAUGCCUUGGUCAGUCUGUACUGAAGAGGCAGAUCUAAAGCCUUUGUCAGAUCCUCUUCAGAAGAACAGUAAAGCUAUGUACUGUACAGUAGUAGCAUUAAGCCAAGAUGGCCUCCUGUGGAAAUAGCAGCCAAGCUGAUAGACCGGGAACCCUCACCUUCUGGUAGAACUGAAUAUCGGGGUCUUGUCCCAAAUGACACCAUAUUCCCUAUGUAGUGCACUUCUUUGGACUGGAGUCCUAUGGGCCCUGGUUAAAACUAGUGCACUAUAUAGGGGAUAGUGUGCCAUUUGGACAGCCAGGCUCGUGCGCUCUAUUAGCUUUUGAUGGCACUGUACUGUAGUUGAAGAGGGCCGUUCAGAAUCUGGACAUUGUGGUCAAGGUCAGCUUUGCUUUAGUUUAGAUUGACAUUUCCACGAUUUAACUCAGGAACCACUAACAUAAUGUAGCUUGCGGUUUUCAGAGAAACCCUCCCUCAUAUCCACUGUAGAACACAGAUGAGACCACCGAGUCUGUGCUGCACACUGACUGUUACACUAUCCCUCUCCUCACUCAGAAGUGCUUACUGUACACGUUGAUGACUCAUGCCAUCAGUCCUCCAGGUAAAGAGGAGGACCUCAGUGAACUACUGUCUGCAGGGAGAUAUGACACGUGAAGGCUGGCAAACUGUUAUUAUUACUGCUACUACUACAUGUUCUUAAAUCAUUUCCUCAUUGCGGAACAGGAAGCGUUUUUAGCUGCUAUUUGGUAGGAAGUGAAUUCCGAUAGUUAGGGUGGGAAACCUUAUGACAGUCUACGGUGCAUCAGUUAGAAAGCUCUGGACAUCUUUCUGUCUCGUAUUUAUAGCAGUACUCCUCUUGAUACCUCCAGCCUGCCUGCUUAAAUAACUGGAGCAGAACUACUGCACCACUCAGUGGAGAACUGAACACUAUAGUUGUAGUCUGCAUUACUUCCUGUAUUCCCUUAGUAGUUUAAGAGAACGUUUCAGGAUAAGCUGUUCUUUACCACAAGCUAUAGGUCGCCGUGCCAACGGAGGCCGACCUUUAACCUCACCCACACUUAGGAAAAUAUUGUUGCUCAUGUAAAAGUGGAUGUAUGAAAAUAUGUAAUUUCAAGACUGUUCUAAAUGUUAUAUCUGCAUGUUAGUGGUACUGUAACUUACAAGUUUAAAAUGCAACCAAUUUGCCAAAGGAGGCUGUGAAUGAAGCCUACAUGCUGUAAGUAAAUAUUAGUCAACUCUCGACAAGGUAUAUGCUUUUAAAGAAAUAUUGAUGGUUCUUGUUAAUGUAACUGUAUAACUGUAAUGACUGAAUAUUACAUCAACUUUUAUAUGACAGGUAUAACUGUAUUAUCCAUUGCACCGUGUAUAAACACAUUAAAUAUCCAUUUGUUUAGCUAAUAUGAGUGUACUGUAUGCUGUAGGUACACUGGUAGCAUGUGGUAACAUUACACAAUGCUUGGUGGUGGUGAAUGCGCUCGCAUAUCAGGAUUUCAGAACUCCUCUGAUUUCAUAAUUAAGACAUGUUUGACACAGACGUGCAUUAUUGAGAACAAAAUAAAGAUGAGAAAAUGGAA